AUGAUGCGGUACUUGAAAUCCUGCUGCUACGUUUUCACGUUUCGCAAUGUGAAGGAAACUUUUCACGACAUUGUCAUGGUAAACGGCAUGUGCAAGAGGGAUGAGCUCAUAUGUUUCGAAGCCGUAUUGGAUCAAUUCGAGACGCACUGCUUCACAAUGCAGCAGGCGAUGGAAAGUCCUCCACUUGAAUUGUUCCAAAGUCAAUAUGAUGUACUGAUGCACUGGAAUGAUGUGGAAAUAGCAGCAGACUUCCGCACUUGUGAGAGCAAACGCAAGCUCUCUAAAAGCUUCCGUACGCACACUGAUAUCCGUCAGUUAUGUCCACUCUCCGCAUUCCUGUUCAAAUUUGUGAUCGAUGAAACCGGGAGACGAACGCAGGAAGUCCUCCGGAAACCCGACUGUCAGAUAUUCAGUGUCUAUCUGGAAUACGCAAUUCAUACCAUUUCCAUUUUCGAAGAGGUGAAGACGCAAGUCCUCUUGGAUGAACUGAUCACAGUCUUUUUAUCCAUUGUCAUGCACUUUGAGCGGACAACGUCAAAGGACAUGAUCCUGGGCAUGCAAUUACUGAAGAAAACGCCUACAAUCAAGAGAAAAGCAUUCGAAAUUAAGCAGCGUUUUACGUAUCUUGGACGUUGCAUUGAUUCCAGCUGUCGUGUGACGCAUGAGGUCAAUCCAAAGCUCCGAAGGGCUCGUUCCGCAUUUGCCUAA